AAAAAGAAUAUUGUUACUUUAAUGAUAUUGUUUGUUGUUGUCGUUGUAUUAAACGAUCGACUGAAUAUGACCAAUUGCCUAUGAAACACAAUCGCCAGAGGAGUGUCUACCAACAACAUGAAACUAAAAUUUUAAAAUUAAUCAACAAAUGUCAAUUUUGCGAUGGUGUUACAUGCAAUGAAAUUGCGGGUGAUAAAAAUCCUGGAGAAUUAUCGAGUACAUUUGUGUGCAACCAUUGCCCAGCGUACCCGCAGAAGACUGAGCUGUAUCUACCAGCAUUAACAACAACAUAUCGCAUAUUCAUCAUAAGGCGAAGAAGGUGAUGGCACGUACCACGCGCUCAAAACGAAAAAUGGCGAAUCCGGGCGAUGCUCACACGUCUGCGAGCAGUCUACUUACGAGUACAACAGCAAGUCCAUUCAUCGAUACCAAUGCAUCGUCGAGCUAUGCGACUGAAGGAUAUAGUUUCAAUUACACGGAGAUUGUCAGUAGUCUUGGGGGUGGUUAUUCGCUUGAUGAUGUUAAUUACACGGAGCUGUGGAUCGACGUGUGGAAUACUACCGAGCGUAGUAAUGUUACGGAGAGGUUGAACGCUACGGUGUUGCCGCACGGUGGCUACUGCGACGAAUGGGAGUCAGCGCAGCACAAGCUCUUUCAGGUAGCCAAUCUCUUCUUCGCCGCAGCCUUUCUCGUGCCGAGAUCCUUCAAAGCAUCAGUACUAGCAUUACGUACAUGUCUCACAGCUGGCUUUAUGCUUGCUGCAUUGUGGGCGGGCAUAACAAUAUGUGCCCUUGACGCUAUGCUCUGGUGUUUAGCACUUGGCCUCUUAAAUGGCAUACAUUCACUUAUAUUAGCCUGCCGUUUUCUACCACCAGCAUUGAGUCCAGAAUUGGCGGAGCUUUAUCUCAAACUCUUCAAGCCAUAUCGCGUGAGCAAGAAACACUUUCAAGAGCUUGCCAAAGAAGCGAGAAUACUCAAAUUGGAUCCUGGACAGACUUAUGCAACUGAGGGGGUUUCCGCAGCUGACGAGAGGCUAUCGAUAUUACUACGUGGCAAAUUGAAAGUAACGUGCGACGGUACACACCUGCACUACAUCCGAGCUUAUCAGUUCGUUGAUUCCCCGGAGUGGGAGGCGACACACGAGAACCUGGACGACGUCUUCCAAGUAACAAUACGAGCCGAGGAGACAAGCACCUACAUAUGUUGGACACGACUGAAACUACUCCGAGUACUGCGCCACCGUCCUCUGUUGAAGGUCGUAUUGACAACCCUAAUUGGCAAGGACAUAACGACCAAAUUGUACGCACUCAAUGAGCAGUUGGCUGGAGUUGCAGCGGCCCAUGAAAAUGCCGUUUCAAAUCCUUACCGGGGAAUUGCCAGGAGCGUUAGUGUCGACGCUGUUAAUACGGAAACUGCUGGACGAGUUAGAUCCAAUACGUGGAAGGAGAGGCGACACAGUAAUCCACGUAACUCACCUCAGCAUUACGGCCACCAGUACUGGACUCCAGUAGUGGCGAAUCAUUUUCCUUCGACAUCGCCAUUCGUACCGACCCCAAACCUCGGUUACACACUAUUGCCCCAGGGCGUGACAUUCUCGCCACCCCCUCGUAUACCCACUGCCACACAUCCACCCUUAACGAGACAACGCAGUGUUGGCGGUGGCUCCGGUGGUGACUACACACUAUUGCCCACCACCCCUAAGCUGGAACGAAAGCGCUCGAAAAAAGGAGCUCGUGAGGUGACCUUUGAAACGCCCGUAUGA